CGCCAUAUUUGAUUAUUUUCGCUCCGAAAUCAAAAGUUGGCAAUUUUAGCCUAGUUUUAGGGUUUUAAAAGUUCCUGUUUUACCAUAAUGUCUCGUAUCGUUCAGAUAUGUAAAAAGAGUUUUUAUUUUUCUCGCUGAGAACACUUCAAAUCAUGGAAACUACGUGAGAAAUUGAGCCUUGCAGUUCACCUCAGCAGAAACGAUGAGUACUUUUGCGGGAAAGUUCAGAGAGUAUCCGUUGAUUUCGGCGGACAAUUUUGAAAGAGAAAACCUCGAUAGCUUGGCUUUUUUUCUUUCGCACUGCCAUAAAGGUAAGGAUAUGAUUAUGUUCUAUUUAUUUUAUUUCUGUGGUGGGGAAGUUUAUUAGAGCGAUGUAAAGUUAGCAGGAAUUGAUGUUAAGACUUGUGAUGCAAUUUUUUGUUAAAAAAAUAUUACUUUGUGCACAGCAUGCAUACUUCAUAAGUGUCUGUGAAAUAAGAGGAAACCCCAUAAAAAGCCAAGAAUUUGUUUCAUUUUUGUAUUCAUAUGUAGAUCACAUGGUUGGAUUAGAUUCUGCAGCUUUACACCAUAGACUAAAGGCCAGGUAUGCGAAUACAAGAUUCUGAACUGGACUAAGAUAGAAAUCUUUUGAUGCACGUCUCGAUUCAAAUUUCCACCAUGCAAGCCUGACUCAAAGGAAAUUUCUAAACCACUCAAUAUGAUUUUAAGAAAUGUAGGAAAAAUUUCUGCGUAGCCCCAUACUUCAUUACGCAUGCACAUCUUAUUGGUGAUACACUGAAUAAUAAAGCCCCAUAUAUGUAUGCAUAAUGAAUGAAGUAUGUCGCUGUGCGGAAAUUUUGCCGAAAUGUUUGGGACAAAGGGUACUAAUUAACUUAUAUCUUCACAAAUACAAAACUCUUAAAUAAAAUGCAAAAAGUACAUAUCAAAUAAUACACAAACAUGUCAUUAAACAGAGAUAAUUUAGUGUUAUCAACUGAGUUGAUAAGGUUAAUAGACCACUGUAAAGAGUUUCUAAGCUGAUGUUUUGAGCAUUAGCCCUUUUUCUUAAAGAAAUGUCUACUAAGAAACUCUUUGCAAUGGUCAAUUUACCUUUAUUUAGUCAUCAACUCAGUUGAGAAGACCAAAUCAUCUUGUUAUGCUUCCUUGCUUUUGCAACCCAACAUACAGUCAUAUAGACCACUGUAAAUAGUUUCUAAACUGAUGUUUUGAGCAUUAGCCCUUUUUCUUAAAGAAAUGCCAAUUAAGAAACUCUUUGCAGUGGCCAAUUUACCUUAAUUUAGUCAUCAACUCAGUUGAUAGGACCAAAUCGUCUUGUUAUGCUUCCUUGCUGAUGCAGCACAACAGUCUCCUUAGAGAUUCCCCCUUUAUUCAUUAAACUGAGUGGCUGUGUUAUAGAAAAACCAAACAGAUGCAAGAGACCAGCAUAAGAUAAUGCUGAGAGGGUUGGGAAGAGAAAGAAAAAUGACUUUGAAGAGUACAAAUAAGCUAAGCAGUUAAGCAAUAGAACUUAAAUGAUCCCUUAAGUAUCUUGCAUGACCAUAAUUUUACUAGCCUUAGGAGAACUAACUAGUAGUAAAAGUAUUCACAAGUGAAUACUUUGCUGACAUUGAAUUACUUGUACUACACAUACUGUAAGUGAGCUGGCUUUAUUGCAAGUAUGAAGUAAGAAUGUUUCCAUGCUAAUUUUUUAUGGUUGUAAUUUAGAAGUACAUCACCCAAAUAAUAGGUGAUGAUUUUCCUUGUGGAUUAUGCAGCAGCCAAAGCACAAAAGUUUCACCAGUUAGUUCAAAUAAUUAAUUAUAAUCAUGUAAUCAAUGGUCACUUUAUUAAAAAGAAAAACUGAGCACUGCACAUACUUUGUAGUUCUUUUUUCCAACAGUAUUCCCCUCUCAUUGGUUUCUUUUAAUUCAUUUUUUCAACAGCAAAACUGUAUUCCUGUAUUGUUCAGAAACUACAGAGAACUUGUUGAUGUGCAACCCAACAUACAGUCAUCUCAAAGACUAUAUUGUUAAUAUCUAAAGUUUUUGUUUCAUUAAAUACAUUGUCAUUUCUUUUUCAAUGUUUUUCUCUUUCUCUGUUGUUAAACAAAAGAGCAUUGAAACCAAAACAUCAUUCUCCUUAUUACAGCGCAGUAUUCCUGUGGACCAGCAGACAAUGGUUCCACUCAUUGAUGACAAGACAGGACAGGUAAAUUGUUUCUUCUUGUUGUACACUUUCCCUUUAAUUUAUGAUCUAGCUUUCCAUUAACUUUUUAAUCCUCAGAGUGACUGGCUUCUAACUUCUCCUUACCAUAUAGCCUUGAAUCAAAUGUAAAGGUUGUGAGAAUGAAGGAAAUGAUCAGCAAUGUGAGAAACUUCUGAUUGUCAAACAAAUUCUCCUUGCCAUAGGAGAUGUGAAGAGAACUGUGUGGCUGUGUGGAGAAUAUGAAUUCUAAUUUUAGGGUGGAAAGGAUGAAUUACAAGUUCUGAUAUUUAAAUGGUUCAUUACAGAUCUGAAGUUAUUUGGUUUCUUAGUGUUUUUAUACUAGAUCUGCUUUUAGAAUUCUUGUGGUUUUGAAAUUUAAUAUUUCUUGAGGUAAUAAGUAAUUCCUGUUUGUCUUGCUCUUUUCAUAGGAAACUUCUUUUUGCGUAACAUUGUUGCCUGCUGGACAUUGUGUUGGAUCUGUCAUGUAAGUAAGAUUUUAUGUAUGUGUUAGUUAAAAAGUCAAAGGUCAAGGUAUAUGUAGCUGGAUUUCACCAAGUUGAUAACCUUUAAUUUGAAUCUGUGGGGAAUUUUUCUCAGCCUUAAAAAAUAUUAUUCUAAACAGAAGGACUUGCCUAAAAGUUACAGUGUUUGUGAGUUUGUAAGCUGGCUACAAUAACUUUUACACUGGAUCAAAGUUACCUUUGUUUCAACCCUGCCAAAAUUACAUUUCAUCUCAUGAUAAAAUUGAAAGAGAAUAACUUUCAUGUGUAUUCACUACAUCACUUAUGUGUACACUUUGUAGGUUCUUAUUUGAGGGUCCGGGUGGGAACGUGCUCUACACAGGUAAUCUCAACCUUGGCUAAUAUAAUAAUUAUUAUUGAAAACUCUGAUUGGUCGAGAGCAUACAGUACAACAGCGUGUGAAGUUAACAUGAUAACCCAAGAUCUGUAGGAGAUAUUGAGUCAUCAUGUUGCAUUAAGGUCUGCCUAGUUUCCAGGCUCCUUUUCCAUGUUGGGUUCUCAAAGUGUCUUUUGCAGAUUGUUUAAAAAGUGUAGAAUUAAGUAACGAUAAAAUUUGGUUCUCACAUGAUGUCAUGAUUUAUCAAACCUUUGAGUCUGUGUUAUCUGCCUCUGCCUUUGGCUUCAGUUGAUAACUCAGACUGUGGCAUUGAUAAUUCAUGAUAUCAUGUUCAACCUCAUCUAAUAAUUGCUUAAUGUAUGGAUUGUUAGGAUGGAGUGGGAGUUGUAGUGAUAAUUGGUGAAAAUAAAACUGACAGAAUCUAAAGAUGAGUGCUGAAUCCAUUCGUGAUUCCUGCAUAUAUGCUGUAUAUGAUCUGCUAAAAAUUAGACUGUUGAAGCCUUAGGCAUUUAAAGGGCUAAAAUCCUGCAGCAAGGUUCUAUGGCUCUUCUGCUUAUUUUGAGAAUUAAAAAUAUAGUUUUUCAUUGGAUCUAAGUGAUAGAAUUGUUAGGAUAAUUGAAAUAAAAUUGACACAUUAUCAUUGUUUUGAUUCCAGUACCAUCAAGCUUUACUCUGCUUUUAACUUCAGUUAGUUACAUACACCUUUAUUCAAAUUCUAUAUACAAAUAAAUUUAUAUAUAAAAAUUUGAAAAGGGGAGUUUGGAGGUUAGCCCUAUAUAACAACUCCCCUGAAUAAAAAAUAAAAAGUAACAAAUGUAGAACUAUGUACAGAAAAAGUACUGUAGUUACUGUUAUGUCUCCAAUAAAAACUUUAGUUCUGUGGCUAAAAAAAAACAGCUCUCAUAUUUAUGAAGGGAAAGACGAAUAUAGUGUAGAAGGCACAUUUCCUUCAGAAAAUCCAAAAUUUGGAUUCUUAAAUCAUAUGAUACACUCUAGUUUUUUUUGUAUCUGAUUGGCAGGUGAUUUUCGUUUAUCCAAGGGAGAUGUGAAGAGAAUUUCUUUCUUUCAUACCAAAGAAGGGUUUGUACAUUUACCUUUAACUCAUUUAACCACAAUAUUUGCAGUUAUUUUUUACUUGUUUGUAACAAGUCAUGGCAAAGAGAAAUAAAGAAAACUUUAUGUCUUUGAGGGACACCUUUUUUUUUAUCACUCCCUUGUUUCUCCUGCUAAAGGUGGUGUCAGAUUCCAAACCUUACAGUUUGUAAAGCAUUAUACACAGCAGUGGUCACAUGGGAACUUCUUAAAAACCCUAGUGUAGUUUACCAACAAGUCAUCUGUAGCUCAGUUGAUAAUGCAUCUGACUGGGAAAUCAUAAGUUCUGAGGCUUGAAUCUUCAUAAGAAGCUCUUGGUAGUGUUCUAACUUUUUAGGGGAAGGGGUGAAAGCCUUGGUUUCUUUUCUUUUUUUUUAGGAUCAAAGAUAUCAAAAGCAUUUACAUUGACACAACAUUUUGUCUGCCAAGAAUGAAGAGCCUUCCUAGUCGGGUGGGUAUUAUGUAAUUUCCUUUCAAUUGGUUAUUUACAAUGUUAGGAGUGGCUCUAUUUAUUCCAAAUGCCUCAGUCACAUUUACAGCACAAUUAAUUAUUGCAUGUGUAAAUGUUGUGGCUAGAAGCAUAACAGUUUUAGAAUUCCUGUUUAAGCCAUGUCUUGGGUCCAAUUUCUUGUGUUCUUAGGAAAGACACUUUACUCUCACUUUGUCUCUCUUGACCCUGAUUGGCACAAAUGAAAUGUGACUGCUCUUAGAGUGCAUUAUAACAAAAGUACUUCAAAGGAAACUGCUACAAAAUUAUUGAAUUUAAUUUUUUAAGUUGCAUGAUAAGUGUGCAUGUAAUACAAAGGUUUUUUUUAGUGCUCUUAAGAGGGGCUUGAUUUUGAUGCUAUGGUUUCUGAAAUAACGAAUUCAUGCUCUUAUGAAAUCGCAGCAACAGAGUAGAGAUGCUGUUAUAAACCUCAUGGACAGGUAAGGUUUAGGAGGUUUUUAUUGAUAAUCUUAACAUAUAAUUUUGGAGUGCUAUCCAACAAUAUAGGGACUGUUCAUUAUUUAUCGUGGGGGGGGAGGUUGGUCAGAGUAUUUUGGUUGUGUCACUGACAGUUAAAUUUAUCUGAUCUCUCCCUCAAGACUCUUUAGUGUUCUAGUGAUCCCUCCUUAUUGCCAGUUAUAAUUGUUACUGUAUGUUCCCCCCCCUCCCUUCCCAUGGUGGUUAUCAUGAAUAAAUGAUGACUAGUCCCUAAGGAAACAAACUUCAAAUUAACAAUCUUUAUGCUAUGAAUUAAGUACAUGGUUUUGUUGGAAACAGUAAAGAGAAGGAGACUAAAAACAAUGACAACAGUAAAAAUCAUAAAAAAAGUUUUUGUCAUUUCCUUUUCAUUUGAAAUCUAAGAAAUACUUUAUGAAUAUCAGAUUUUUUUUAUCUCUGUGUCACCAAUUUGCAUUUUCUCUUCAACCAUUUUAAAUACAUGUCUAUUUAACAGGUGGUUUUCAAGAGGUCCUGAAUAUGCUGUGAGCUUGUUAUGCAAAGGAAUGUACGGAUUUGAAUAUUUAUUGAAGGAAAUAGCCAUGAAUUAUAGAACAAAGGUAACUGUGUUUUUUGUCUUUCUGUAACCCUUUAACCACCAUAAGUGACUGGCAUCUAAUUUCUCCUUACAAUAUCACCACUGAAUCAAACAUUAAGGUCAUGAGAAUAAAGAAACUGAUCACCAACUAAAGAAUCUCUCGAUUGUUAAACAAAUUCUCCUUGUCAGCACCCUAGGAAAUGUAUAGAGAACAGUAUGGAGAAUAUACAUACUGAUGUUGGGGUGUUGCUGUGGGAAAAAAGUAUGAGGCCUUGAGCAACACAAGUGGGCGAGAGGUCUGCAAGGGGCCUGGCUCUGCCAAUGACUCAUGAUUUGUGCCAAACCCUUGGUAACCUCUCCCUGACUCUACACAAACCUCCUUGGAGGCAAAGAAACACAUUAUGCAGCACUAUUAAUGAGGGGCUGCUUGCUGAUUAUCUUUCAUUUUGAGCAUUUUUCCAUGAUACUACAAAUAUGAAGCAUUAUGUAUUUAGGCUCUCUUGGCCUUGGUCUGGUUAGACUCUGAGUUAACUUGUGUGUCUUUAAAUCCUUUGCGUUGUAAUAAGAUCCAUGUCAGUGCUGAGCGGCUGGCCAUGUACAGAUAUCUGCCGGACAUGACUCCUUAUUUCACAACUGAUGGUCAAUCUACCAAGAUACAUGCAUGCAAGUGGCAGGUAUGGACAGAAGGAUUUCAAGAUUGGUACUCUCCCAGAUUCUCAGUAAAAAACGGUGAUACCAUGCUGAGUCAGCCACUAUAGGAAAAAAGAGUUCUUAGAUGUCUCUCAGACUCUACUUUCCAUUACCCUUGUCAAAUUUCACCCCUCAUCCCUUCUUUAAAACUGCCUUUCCCCUCCCCCCCUUAAAUUACUCUGGAUUUUUCUAUCUUCAAAAUUAAUUUUUCUGUGGAAGUCGUUGAAUAUGGGAAGGGAAACAAUCUCAAUAGAACUCAAAUUUGAAGUAACUUCUGUUAUUGACACAAAGUCAGCCAUUAAACAACUGCUUUUGUCACUAAUCCUUAGUAGAAUUUUGCAAACCUGGUUACCCACAGUGGCUAAAGCAUGUUAGUUUUUCCUGGCAUGAAGUUCACAGGAAGGGGAGGAAGGACUUUGUUUAGUCUCAUUAACAGCCUUAAUUGACUUGUCUUGGGUACGGUGUUCAGCACAAGAUGCAUUAGUGUUUCCCAUGCAUCAUUCCAAGCAGGAAAACGUGUUCUCUGCGAUCAAAGUUUUUUUAGCUGGUUCAAGCUACAGAGAGUUUCAGAGCUGCCGUUUCGAACAUUCAACGAAGGGCUAACGCUCUUUACGGAGGCCAAUUUACGUUAUCAACUCAGUUGAUAAUAUUAAUUAAAUUAAGUUACCACAGCAGCACCACAGUUUCUUUAGAAACUUACCCUUACCCUUACCCCCUUUAUUCAAGCUACAGAGACUAAACCCAGAAUAAAUGGGACACAGUAGUAGGCCCUUGUUCAGGUCACCCAUCUUUCCCACCUCCCUCCUCCUCCUUUAAAUGCUGUUAUCCAUAUCUCCAUGUUAAAUUCCUCAGGCCAACCAAAGGUGUGACUCAGACCUCCCUUGUGGUUCUUCUGUUCAUCCCUCUCUCAAGACAAAGGUUCUGCGUAUAAAGCCAACAACCAUGUGGGUCGCACGUAGCACAGAACCGAUGCCGGAGGAUUUCAAAAGGUGAGAACAAAUACCAAAGCUUAUUUUACAUCCUCAUUGAUCUGAUCACCCUGUAGUUUUCACCACAUUUUCAAGAGAUUUGCUUUGGCAAGUUCCCAUUAAAUUUCCCUCUUUUCAUUGAGAACCCUUCGAAGUAAUUUCCCACACGAAAAAAUAGCCCAAUAUAAAACGCCGCAAAGAUUUAAGUCUAAUAAAAAAAGCUCUAUAGACGCAUAGGUCCCUCUGCAUUCUUUCUACUCGUGCUCUGUAAAUAUGGCUGUCCGUCUACUGUAUGACCCCCUAGUAUAAAUCGAUAAGGAAUAAAACUUGACAAGAUUGCCUUUCCUUCCUCGCUAAUGUGGUGCUGUUUGAAGAGAAAAUCUCCAAAGAAGAUUUUUUUCCAGGCGUAAAUUUCAGUCAUCUUGAAAUGCAAAACAAAAAAAAAAACACACGCAGAAAAAGAAAAAUUGCUUUUUGUCCCUAAGUUUUUUCGGGUCUAUGAUGCUUACGUUGCUGUUGUACACGUCACAAAAACUCAGCUCUUUUCAGUCAAAAUAAAAGGUAUCAGUGAAAAUGAAGCACUUCUGAUGCUAUCCGCACCAUGCGUGUAUUUCAACCAAAGAUUUUUUCCAUCCUCAGGUAUGACAAGGGGAAAAGGCUCUGGAGAGUUGUUCAUUCAAUGCACGCAUCAAUGGAAGAGGUACUGCAACCUUCAGUUGCUAAUAGUUGAACUUCCUCUGAAGGGGUUAGGGGUGUUUAAAAAAUAUGCGGAUAUGAAAAUUUGGCCAUAAAAAUCAUGUUCUGGGUUCCAGGUUAAGAAAACCUUAAGAUCGUUUCUAGGCUCAAAAUCGCUAGCUCAGUUGCUAAGAAAAAAAAAGGAAGGCAUGUAAAGCAUACGGAAGUUUUACCGCUCAAUGAUGCUAAAGCCGGUGGAGUAGCAGCGAAGGUUCUCAUUGAAAACCUUGUCAUUUUCCGACACAAGCUUCUCACGGUUCGGCCGCUUAACGCUUCAAAGCGCCCGCAAAACUGCCAGCUGCGCAGGCUUAAAUGAGUAAAGAAUGAAUGAAGUAAUAAAUGAGUAAAAAAAAAGGUGACUGUGUUAUUUGAAGCUUAGUGAGGAGCAGGCUUUUGUGAUACAACUUGGGUGUCUUUCAGAUCGAGGAUUUAGUGGGCUACUUAAGGCCUUAUCAUGUUUUCCCCAACGUACCGCCAGCAGGACUGGACACAUUAGAAGAUGCUUUUGAAAGGUAAGCUAACACCAUGUUAGGUUUGGUAACCAAGUAAACACGAGCGCGAGCGUAUCUUGGUAAUAGUUGUUGCCAGUUUCAAUUUCUGACCAGUGUGUUUUAAACGGCAAGGAUUAGUUAAUUAACGCUAUCAAUCCUAAGAUCUAAUUAAUAAUUCUCCUUUUUUUCUACCAUACAAUUCUUAUGAUGUAAGUUUGAAGAAUUUGGUAUUGAAUCAACUAAUAAUCCCCUUACCGAUAUUUUUCUUAUUCUCCUCACUUGUCUGCUUGAUAUUGUAUCGAUAUUGUCAGAAGAAAUUAUGUCUUGGUCACUCAUGGGAGUUAAAGGGUUAGGGAGGUGUCGUGUUAUCUUGGCAGCGUGUUACAUAUGAACGCAGUAUGUGGCCUAGCUCACCAUCUUGUUCUCUGUAGCCUAGUAGUGGAGCAUUGUAAUGUGAAAUUUUAAGCUUUGGGGUUCAACUUCAAAAAAAGGGACCUAGCCUGAUUUCUUUCUUUGUCCUCAGCUCGUUACAACUCGAAUAAACAGCGGUCUUUAUCCAAAUUUCUCGCUAGUCUCAGGCCCUCAGUCAGUGGGAAGGUGCUUAAAAGUGGGUGCGCGGAAACAGUAGGGGUCUGGAAAGGAAAAAUAUUACAGCAGUUUCUCUGACAACCAUGCACAGCCGCCGUUUUCGUUCGCCUUUUCUUUAGCUGGCCUCCAUUGACUAUUAAGGGCCUGGAACAAGCUCUCGACGACUAAGUAGCAUUAUUUUAUAAGAUCUACAAUUUUGCCUUUACCUCAAUUAAAUUUCCUCACAAGAUUGCAUUAUUUCGAAAACCAUUUUUUUUUAUCGCAGACUGAAGGGCCUUACUCGCAUUCAAGAUUGUGAUUCUUGUAACCAAGACGAGUCUGUGGAGGAGAGAUUCAAACAACACGCUGCUCAUCUCAGCGGAGAGGGUGUCACUAAAGACAAAAAAUCAUUAGAGGAGAAAGCUGCCUUGAGAAAGAUUCAGCUUUGCGCCCCACCAAAGCCUGACGAGAGGGGUAUGUAAAACCUCGUUCACGUUGGUCGAUCUCCCUAUUUAUGUGAUCCGAUGAAAUGAUCACGUUGCUCUCCGCCGAGCAGUAUGUUUCCAAUUUAUUUUUGCCUUCCAGUCCUGUGUCUCACGUAACAGGAUUUGUAUAUUAGAUUAGUUUGCAAUUCCAAGGUUUUAAGUAGAAUUAGGAAUGAAUGGCGGAAUAUUUCAAAUCACUUCUCCGUAGGGUUGCAAUGAAAGCCGCCGACCGGCACAGUACCUCCAACCAUAGAACUCUCACCACCGUCAGUUCUUCUAGAAGCCGUUUAUAGGAAGACGUAUUGAAAAUCCUAGCUUACGUCCCUUAAGUUGAUCAGUUGAAUUUUUCCUUUGUUCCCUUUCGAAAAUGUAUUUUUAUCUUCUUAUGAGCGCUGAAAUGGAUUGUUUCUUUUCCUCCUUUUUGUCUCUUCCUACUCAGUUCUUUUCUAGCCGCUUUGUGUCCAUUCUUCCCGCCGGGUAUCGCUCUCUGUGUCCCGCCAGUUUUAUUAUACCUUUCUCUCGAUGUCUGUUUGCCGACUGUCAAGUCCAUCGUUAAGGUCCUCGUGUGUCAUGUCUUGAUUCUGUUACAAUGCCAUUGCCUCCAUGAGCAUUUAGGAGUUCUAGAUCUGUAUCGACUGUCUUUUUUUUAUUUCCCACACUCAGUUUCUUGGUUUCCGGUUUGCUGUUGUAAAAUUAACGUUUCUCCGUCUGCAACAUAAUUGAAAUCUGCGAACAAGGAUUAAGUCUUGGAAAAAGUACGAAGUUUUACCAGUUAACGAGCUACAAGUCGUCAAACCAGAAAGAGAGGGGUGCUAGGGCAGAGUCCUAUCUUGUAAUAACGGGGAAUGUUCACAACCAAUUUUCAUUUGUAACAAUGUUUUACAUAAAACAGCCGCUAUACAUAAAGUUAGUUUCUCUAUGUAUUUACUAGUCCUUGCCCAGUGUAAGGAGCUGGGACUAAUUGAUGACGAGAACCUCACACCACCUCCAAAACGACGUAGAAGCAGACGUCAAGGUAUAGCUCUGGAGGAGAAAACCACUGUGCCACAGGACACCCAAGGAAGCUCUUCCAGAAAGGUCAUCAUAAGCGUGUCACAAGAAAUCCAAGGGAACUCCUUCGAUGGGAUAAACACAACAAUACAAAAGCAAUCUAAUGAGAAAUCUUUUGGUGAAGUCGUCACCACUGUUUCACCGCAAACUCGCGAGAAAUCAUCUAAAGAUGUUGAUAGAAGUGUGUCACAACACGCCAACAUUAACGGAUACGAGUUCAUAACAGAAGGAAAACCCAUGAUUUGUCCAAAAGUUGAAGAUGUCCAAGACAGACCGACGGAAUUUUACGAGAAUUCAUGUUGUCCUCCUAAAACUGAAAAGAAAGCUGAGGAUGAAAAACCAGCGGAAUGUAAAGUAUCUGAAGUUUUGAGCAACACAGUUGUCUUGGAACGUACUAGUCAUGGUCAAAAAUCUUUAGAUGGUAUUGCUUCUAAUAAAAUUGACCACAAUCUUACUUCGGACACGGGGAUGACAUCGAGUAAUCCAGUCUCAGUUGUAGAGCUUUCAGGGUCAGAUGAAAACUAUGACCAGGGACCAGUGAGUGGGGAGCCAAGAUCGAAAGCAGACUUUGAUAUCCCUCCCUCCCCGGGGCAUGUAAAACCACUCCCAGACAAGCUGUCUGCGAUUCACAAACUGCUAGGAAAUGGCGAAUCAACGUCGAUUACAAAUAUACUCAAAUUUUGAGUCGGAAGUACGUCAAAUCUCAUCGAGAACUAUUUUUUUUCUUUGUUCAAUUUUUUUCUGGCCUCAGUAGUUGUUGCUUGU